CAAAUGCGCCACUCAUUCAACGCACUUGUUUAUCAGAGGCAGCAUCCCAUUAAGUGCCUUAACCACGUUCAUGUUUCAUACUUACAUUUGGAAACUCUAAAAGUAUCCGAGCGCGCGUGUGUUUGUAUGCCUGCAUGCGCGUGCACGUUUCUCCUUCUCUCUUGAGAUCGAGUUGGGAUUUGAAAGUUGGAGCUGCCAGGGAACACAAUGUGUUUUGACGCUGAAGCAUCCGUGUGACUGUUUGUGUUUUUAAAAGACGAAGGAAAGUGAAUAAAGACGACUGGAGCCUGGACCCUAACCCCUGAGCUGCCCCCGCUGUGAUGGAUGGAGAGGAGCUUCUGCAGGACGGGGACAUGGAGGCCUCGUGGUCCUUGCUGUCCUGGAUGGCGUCCUUGCUCAUGGUGUUCGGGGGGUCCCUGCCGUAUGUCCCGCAGUACCAAGACAUCCAGAGGAGCAACAACAGCGAGGGCUUCUCCACCAGAGUCUGCCUGGUGCUGCUCAUCGCCAACAUCCUGCGCAUCUUCUUCUGGAUAGGGAAGCAGUUUGAGCUCACCCUGCUGCUCCAGAGUGUGUUGAUGAUCCUCACCAUGUUUGCCAUGCUCCACCUCUGCUGCACCGUCCAAAACACCAACCGUGUGAGCACCAAGCAACACCGGCUCUCAGACUUGGACUUGCGCUACUUCUGGAAGUGGAGCGUGUUCGAGGACUACCUGCUCUUCUGCUUCGGCUUCACAGUGCUGUGUGCGGUCGUCACCUUGCUGCUGCUGGACUCCGCCAUGUUCGUGGAGACGCUGGGCUCCCUCGCCGUCAUGUUCGAGGCCAUGCUGGGCUUCCCGCAGCUGCUGCAAAACUUCCACAAUGGCUCCACCAAAGGCAUGAGUGUGAAGAUGGUGAUGCUGUGGACAGCCGGCGACGUCUUCAAGACUGUCUACUUUGUGAUGAACGACAGCCCGGCUCAGUUCUGGGUAUGCGGUUCAGUCCAGAUCCUGAUCGACGUGGCCAUCCUCCUGCAGGUCAUCUCAUACAGCCAAGACACACGGGUCAAGCUUGGCUGAACACGACAGCGACUCAAGGCAACGGAGAAACCAGGGCACGUGUGUACAUUUCUAAAAUGUUGAUAUUUUAUGGCUUUUGAGUAAAAAAAUAAGUGCCACGUUGAUGGAAUUAUCAUGAUAGAUAUUUAGCAUGGAGAAAAAUCAAAGCCAAUAUAGAUGUUCUUUUUGUUUUCUAUAAUUAUUUGCCAUCAUUCAGUGUACUUUAUCAUAAAGGCAUCAUGUAGACCCAUUUUACCUACAAGUGCAAUUAGGUAAACCAAUUUGAUUAAGUACUUUUAGUCAAGCAGAAGCAUGAACCACGCCUUUGCCUUUACAUUUUUAAGACAAUACAGUAUUUUUGUGCAUUUUUUAGCAUUUGUUUUACUAUUUAUUUGUUCUCUAUUGACCAUGUGCUGUAUACUCAAAUGUAAUGGACAUGGAAACUGUGAGAGGGAAACAUUAUUCACGCUGGCAGCUCACUAACAGCAGAUCUGUGCUGCUGUACUGGCAGCUGUAGCAGCCAGUCCUGCACCGGUAGCCCUGCACUGGGUUCCACUUCCUGACUGAUGAGCCUCCCUCUUCACACUCCACACCUCGCUGGACAGUUCUCAUGAUGCAUAGUCUGUCAAGUGUGGUUGGGUGUGGCAUGCUUGCUGGUGUGUUUAUACGGCCAAAAUUGAUUUCUGCCGUUGGCUAAACCGAGGCCGCAGAAUGUACACAAAGUAAUGUUAACUACACAAGACAUCAAUCUGGGGGCUUUGUGGUUUAAUUGACAAGCAAUGCAGCUGUUCCCUUUAAAUGAACCACAAAAGGCUGCCAUAAAAAUGUUGCUGUAACGCUUUGAUUCGUAACUCAGGAUCAAAAUAUCUUGUCGAUACCAAAGAACCUCAGAUCGAAAAUCUUUAAGGUAAUACAACCAUAUUUGUAGCAUUGUAAUCUCUAACAUGCCAUCACCCUAUUACUUGUUUUUACUGUCCUAUCAUGUGCAGAUUCUUCCACUCUUUAAAAAUACCUUAUACUUUGAGACCCUGAAACUGUGAAAAGAUGACUCAUGAUGACAACUCCUAUCAACUUCUAUUCCCUACUGCGAUAAUUUGUUUUGUUCUACAAGAACGGUCGCUUUAGGGACUUAAGGAAAAUGAUUAUGUCAGGGGGGAGUGGCUAAAUCUUAUGUUUAACUUCCAAAAAAUGCAAGACCCUCCUGGGAAGUAAAUGGAAAUUGCCAAAUUUAUAAAUCAACUUCAAAUUAAUCAAUCUUUUUAAGGCUGGUGACCAACAUUUUACUCUUGCCAGUUUGCCUGUGAGUGACCUUGGAAGAGUUGCAACUCUGAAGUACUAGAGUAGUUGUUUUAACCCACCCAAGAAUCAACAAAAAAAUAAGAUAUUAGAUGCCAUUGCACAUCACCUAACCAACACAAUGCCUGAGUUGCAUUGCACUGAUGUAGCUAAUUAUUCAAUAACUAACAAAACAAAGGGAAGGCUUGAAUUCAACUACACAUCCAGGGCGGAAAAAAUCAACUAAAAGUGUAUGCCCUCCCAGAAAGUUAAACUACCCUCCCUUAAGUCAAAAGAUUAAUUUCAGUCCCCGUUUUAUGACCCACACUUUCCCCCAAAUAAAUCCCUUCCAUUCCCUCAGAUGAAAACAUUUAGUUUCCCUCUCAAAGCCUGUUUAGUCAUUCCUAGAUUGGCAAUCUUUAAAGCUUUAAUUUAGAAAUUCCCCAUAAAACCGACUAAAUGGAUUUUAAAUCCUGAUUAAAACAUUGAUGAUCUGAGCAGAUUUGUUCCACAUAGAAAACAAAGAUUGUGUUCUAUGUUUAAAACAGAGGACAGCUUAUGUAAUGCAUGCUAUUACAGAAAACCGCAACACCUUAAUCAUCCAUUCCAGUCCUUAAAAUGAUAAGAAAAAUCAUAAAUAUUUGAUUCAAGAGAGCUGUUUUUAAUUAAAACACCCAUUUUAAAAAAUGGUCUCUCAAGACGAGCUGUGGUUAUUUCACACUUUUCUUCAAUUGCCUCUCAAAAAUAUUGAUGCAGGAGGAAACAAAUCUGUACCAGCAGCUGAUCAGUAUUCAGGGCAGGUUUCUCUUCAGCUCCCCCCAAGGCACAAUUUAAUUAAGUUGUAAGCUUUUUACCAGCUUAUCAAGCCUUUGGUCACCUUUUUAACUUAGCAGGCAGUUUAUGUCCAUCUGUUAAUACCUACAUAUUCUGUUUGAAUUACACACUGCAGUGGUUAUCAGACCUCCUCCUCCUCCUGUAGCUGCCUGUAUGCCAUAGAAAAGCAUUUGCAAAAUUGUAUCGCAGUACAUUUCAAUAAUAUCCUCAGAGUCAGCAUGUAAAAAACUAUAUGUACAUGAAAGACAAUUUUGAUAACAUUUUGAGUAAGGUAUUCAUCGUCUGACAGUUAUUCUAAAUAUAACAGUGAUUGAGUUAGUAUCAUGUCAGUUUUACUUCUGCUUUGAUAUUAUAUUGGGUUUAUGAGGUUUUUGAUUUUCAAUCAUUGUAAAAGAUAAAAAAUGUUACAUUUUGGGAAUUGCGCUUUUUUCAGAGACUGGUUAGCUUAGCGUAAGGUCUGGAAACAGGUCCAGGCUCUGUCAAAAACAUUUUCUUAAAGCACUUCCACACAGUUUACUAUUCCUGGCCAAGAUAUAAUUUGGCUGUAGAUUUGCCUUUUUUUGUAAGUGCUUGUAUGCUUGCUUUGUUGCUGCUAGCUCUUUCUCCUCAUUAUGCUAAGCUAAGCUAACUGACUGCUAGUUCAUGUUACUUCUUUGUCGUACACAUAUUAAAGUGGUAUCGUUCUUCUUAUUCAACUGUCAGAAAGAAAGUGAGUAAUAAUACAUUAAAGCAUGUUUCUUAACUGUGAAACUAUUGUUUGGAGAUUUCGGGGAAAGUUCUAUCAUCAAUCAUUGUAAGGCAUUUAAUGACACAGGCCACAGGAUAAUCUCAGAUCAUCUAUGAGGAGAAGCACUGCCUUCUGUGAUUGUUCAUGUGUGUAAUUGUAACAUCUGAAUGUUUUUAUAUGAAAACAACCCUUACUAAUGGGGGAUUUUGUAAUGUUUUGGGUAUUAUGUGUGGAUGGAUGCACCUCAAUCAGAGCUUUUCUGUUGGUGCUUUAAAGAAAUGUCAGAAUCUGUCUAAAUGGCAUUUAUUUGAUCCAGGUAAUAGAUUUUAGCUCUGUGACCUUCCAUUGUGUAACAAAUUCAUGUGGGUACACAUGUAUUCUUCAACUCCUUUUAUCUUAUAUUACAUCUGUAUGUGUGUUAUCUCCUAUACCCACCCUACCACCAUUGUAUUAAACGUGCAUUAUGUCUGUAUUCUAUAAGCUUUAUCACCAGAUGUGUAUCUUAAUAUCGUCUCUCUCUCUGAGGCUCAGAACUGCCCCCUCCAAGGAUUCUGUUUAACAUUUGGGCUCCCCGUGGCUUUUCCUCUCAAGGACAUUAUGAUAGAUUAGCACACACUGCCUUGCUGUGGUAAUCCCAACACCAAGCCCACAUUAUGGUAAAUGUCUGUGUGUCCUUACCAUUGGAACACAGUUAAGAAAUGUGUUCUUUCUGAGGUGGGAGAGACUGUUACCUAUACCAGAUGCAAGAUAUAUGUUUCAUUUAACAUGAAACAAUUUGUGAAUUACCGGUCACAAAGUCCAUUAAAUGUUUUUUUAUUAUUAUUAUUAUUUUUUACAGGAAACCAAAUGUACAACCAAAAAGUCAUUGUUGCAUUUUAAAGUAUUUAAAAGUGUAUCAGAUCAACAAAUGUUAUAUAAUAUUAUGAUGGUAUUACGAUGUAAAAGGUCUGGUGACAUCCCACAUUUAAAUUGUAUGCAAGUGGAAUAUUUAUAAUGAUAUUUUCUUAAAUAUAAUUUAUAUUUCACAAAA